AUGGCGUCGUCGCUAGGCGAUGCGGAUCUUUAUGCGAUCCUAGGGUUGAAAAUAGAGGACGAUGCGGCUUUUCCUACGGGGGCUGAAAUCAAGAAGGCCUAUCGAAAGCGUGCGCUUGAACUGCACCCUGACAAGCGACCAGGCGACAAAGCUGCAGCGGCGGAGUUUGACGAGUUGCAGAAGGCGUACGAGGUGUUGUUAGACGAGCAGGCGCGCAAGGCGUAUGACGACCUGCGCGUGGUGCGGCGCGAGCGCGAGCGCAAGCUGGGCCAGCAGAGCAGCAAGCGGCAGCGCAUGGUGGCAGAGCUGGCAGAGCGGGAAAAGAUGGCGGAGCGGCAGCGGAGCGAGGAGGAACGAGCGAAGCAGCGGUUGAAGUCGGAGAUUGAGAGGAUCCGGAAGGAGGCUGCGGAGGCGGCUGCUGCAGCCGCUGCUGCUGCGCGUGCUGCAAGGGGAGGAGGGAAUGAGGCGGAGAAUGGGGAGGGAGGAGCGGGAGUGGUUGGAGAGGAGAUGGAGCGGACACUCAAGGUGUCUUGGUUGAGAGGAGGGGUGGAGGAUGGGGAGGGGGGGGCGGGAGGAGGAGGCAUGGGAGGAGGGACAGCAGGGGAAGAGUAUAGUGUGCAGCGGUUGUGGCGGAUUUUUGAGGAGUUUGGGAAGGUGGAGGACGUGGUGGUGAGGGAUGGGGCGAAGGGCAAGGGUAAAGGGGGUAAGGCGGGCAAGGCGAGGAAGAAAGGCAGUGCUCUGGUGGUGAUGGCGACUAAGGAAUCUGCGAUAGCUGCCACCCGUUCCGUGUGCGGCGAUACCACAAACCCCCUUAUAGUCACGCGAGCUGUGCCUGCACCUGCAGCAUCCACAAUAUGGGGUGCCGACACCCCCUUCAGUCCUUCCGUUGCCGCCGCUGCAGCAGCCACCUCAGCAGCAGCGGCGGCAGCAGAUGCGGCAGCUGCAAGAGGCAGGGCUGGGUCGCAUGGUGCUGCUGGUGGGUUUGGGAUGGGAGGAACUGGGAGCAGUGCCGGUGUCGGUGCCAGUGCUAGUGCAAGUGCAGGCAUGAGUGGAAUGAGGGGAGAUGGAGGGGCCAAACCAGCAGGAGAGGCGAGUAGUAGAGCAGGUACGGGUGGCUUUCAAGCGAAUGGAGGGUCAAGUGGGGCAGUGGGAGAAGGGGGAGGGGCAGGAGGAGGUGGGAAAUUUGGAGUGGGAGGAGGUGGGGUGGGAGUUGGAGCGCGGCCGGCCAUGGCAACAGCGGGUUCGUCGUAUCGGGACUACGAGAGUGUGACUCUCAUGCGCAUGAGACAGGCAGCUGAAAGAGCACGUAUAAUCAAGGAGAUGCAAGCUGCGGAAGAAGCAGGGGGCGGUGAUGAUGAGUGA